GCCGUUCACCGAAACCUGCUCAAAGUUUCUGUUUUAUUUUUGCCACUUUUCGUAUUAGUUUCAGAGUAAAUUUAAACCAUGAAACAAAUGUUGUUUGUUUUUACUGUGAUCACAUUUUUGUAUUGUGACUUUUCAUCAGCUCAACGUAGAAUUUCAAAUAGUGAAACUGCAAAAGAAAAUGAAUUUCCAUACAUGGCGAUUGUUCAAGCAGGCUCAACUACCUGUGGUGGUGCAUUAAUCAGUGAUGAAUUUGUGAUAACAGCUGCACAUUGUCUCAUGAACCUCAAUGGAAAUCAAAGAAAAAGAAUAAUUUUUGGUAUCAAUAAUUAUUACAAAGCUGACGAUGAACCACAAAGAGUCGAAUUUAAAAAUUACAAAUAUUGGAUUCAUGAAAAUUUUACAAUGCCUUCAGCUACGAAUGAUAUUGCAUUGAUUCAAACUCCAGAAAAAAUAAAAUUUUCUCAAAAAGUUCAACCAUUAAAGCUUUCCUGUGAUGAAAGGAUCGAUGGGAAUGGAAAAGAGGUUUCCGCAGUGAUUUCUGGUUGGGGAUUGGAUGAAAAUUAUCACCCACCGUCGGUCCUUAAAAAAGCAAUAAUGACUUUGAUUUCAAUUAAGGAUUGUUACAAGUAUCAACCUCACUUUGUUGAGAAGAUAACCGCACAUCAUAUUUGUGCGUUCGGAAAGAAAUCAUCCGGAAAAAUUGAUGUCGUUAGUCCAUGCGAUGGAGAUUCAGGUUCGCCUUUGGUUGCUAUUGAUACAAGGGAGCUUAUUGGCAUAACAAGCUACGUUAAGGACGCUGAAGAUGGCAUUCCAACAAGGAAUGUAUGUGAAAGCGAUCAAGCACCAGCAGUUUAUGUUCGAGUGACUUCGUACCAUGAUUGGAUCAAAGAGAAAAGUGGGAUAAGGUUUUGCUAGAAACGUAUAGGAAUCGACGAUAUAAAAGCUUAAAUAAAAUUUUGAAUUUAUUGAUCUAUAAAUCUUUAAAGUAAAAAAAGAAAUUUCUUGGGUUUUAUUCCAUUCAUUUUUAGCUUCGAUAAACGUCAGAGCACCAAACAAAUUCAUAUUGAAACAGAACGUCAAUCAAUUUCUCUCGACAUUCAAUUUAUUUCAUUUUUAAUCUCGUUGUGAUUAAAAUGUCUGUAAUGUAUUCGCAUGUUGAAG